UCCUAGCUCACUGAAUAUGAGUGCCCUCUCUCCUGACUGGCUUCGCGUUGCACAAUUGCCAAGCACCUUGUAAACGAUGGCUGCGAUGCCAAUAUCGCGAGUCGCUCUCGCACGUGUGGCAGAAUGCUCUUGAAAAUGGCCCGGAAACGGCCUUCAGACAGGCUGCAAUUCGCCUGUUGCCACGCCCGGGGCGUGGUUCUCGCCCAGAAAGCCUACUAGGCGCGUGCCAUGUGCGAGACCCAGAAGCUGGGAAAUUGGGGCCAUCCCAUGCAGAGACAUCGUAUGGCAAGCAUAAGGUACAUAUAAAGCCCAAGUCGUUUCGCUUCAAUGUCAAAAAGUUCGUACUGUACCGCCCAUCCACCGUCGAUCCUCUGACUUGGCCAUUGCUCGCCCGUCAAGUGAUUCAAGAUGUAUCUCCAUCAGUAUGAUUAUAUCUUUGGUAUCGGCACAGUGUUUGCCAUGCUGGAUGCCUACAACAACGGUGCCAAUGAUGUAGCCAACUCCUGGGCUACCAGUGUGUCCUCCCGGUCCAUCUCCUACCGCCAGGCCAUGGUUCUCGGCACCAUCUUCGAGUUCCUCGGUGCCGUCACGGUCGGUUCCCGAACCGCUGAUACUAUCAAGAACGGUAUCAUCCCUAUCUCGGCCUUCAAGGGCAAUGCUGGUGUGCAGAUGCUGGCUUUCACCUGCGCUCUGGCCGCUGCCUCGUCUUGGGUGAUGUGGUGCACCCGUCACUCCGCUCACGUCUCCUCGACUUACUCGCUUAUCUCGGCUGUUGCUGGUGUCGGUGUCGCGACUGUUGGUGCUUCCAAGGUCCAAUGGGGCUGGAACAAUGGCAAGGGUAUGGGUGCUAUCUUCGCCGGUCUUGGAAUGGCUCCGGUUAUCUCGGGUUGCUUCGCUUCCAUCAUCUUCCUCCUGAUCAAGUUCAUUGUUCACAUGCGCCGUAACCCCGUCCCUUGGUCGGUUUACAGCUCCCCCCUGUGGUUCCUGGUUGCUGGCACUAUCUGUGUCCUCUCCAUUGUCUACAAGGGUUCUCCUAACCUCGGUCUGAGCAAGAAGCCCGGCUACUGGAUCGCCGGUGUGACUGUGGGUUCGGGUGCUGCUCUCUGUCUCCUGUCCGCCCUGUUCUUCGUUCCUUACGUCCACGCCCGUGUCAUCAAGAAGGAUCACACCCUCAAAUGGUGGAUGAUCUUCUAUGGUCCCCUUCUCUUCAAGCGCCCUGCUCCUACCGAUGCCGCCGAGAUCGCCGUGGUCCCCAACUACGCCGUUGUUCAGGAUGACUACGAGGACGAGGCUUCCACCACCCAGGGCUCCAUCGAUGAGGAGAAGCUCCCUCGCACCGCUAGCACCCCCGCCGAGGCCAAUGAGCACAGACUAGUCAAGGCUGAGACCACCCAGCUGACCUACAGGGAGAUCAUGGCCCAAUCCGAGGCCCGUCACCGUGAGAAGCUCCUGAAGAGCCGUGGUCCCCUGGGCUGGGCUAUGCGCUUCCUCCGUGACAACCCCAUUGGCGCUGGUGAGAUCUAUGAGUGGCGCAACAUUGUGUCCCUGAUCAAGCGUAUCCCUGCCAUCAUCACCGUCGGUCUCCUGUACGGUGCUCACUACGAUAUCCACGGUGCCCAGAGCGGUAUUGCCGGUACUCCCGAGGGUGAGCGCAUGAAGCGUGUCUACGAUGCCGCGGAGAAGUACCCCAACGAGGUCGAGCACACGUACUCUUUCAUCCAGAUUAUCACCGCUUGCACUGCCUCCUUCGCCCACGGUGCCAACGAUAUUGGUAACUCCGUCGGUCCCUGGGCUGCCAUCUACGCGGCCUGGUCUACUGGAAGCCCAGCCGCCGCUAAGGCCCCCGUCCCGGUCUGGCAGCUUGCCGUUCUCGCCCUGUGCAUUUCCGCCGGUCUGGUCACCUACGGUUACAACAUCAUGAAGGUCAUGGGUAACAAGAUCACCUACCACUCUCCCAGCCGUGGUUCCUCCAUGGAGAUGGGUGCUGCCCUCACCGUCCUCGUCUUCUCCCAGUACUCCCUCCCCGUCUCCACCUCCAUGUGUAUCACUGGUGCCACCGUCGGCGUCGGUCUCUGCAACGGUACACUGAAGGCUGUCAACUUCCAGCGUGUCGGCCUCCUGCUGCUCGCCUGGAUCAUGACCAUCCCCAUCGCUGGCACCAUUGGUGGAUGUUUGAUGGGACUUUUCAUUAAUGCCCCUCACUUCGCCGCUUAAGCGGACCUGUCUCCAAAUGGGAUAAGACGGUCGCUUUGAGGCUUGAUUGCUUUUUCUGUCAUAAUGUUUUCUUAUAGAGUAGGAUGAUAUCACUUUGCAUUUAAUACCAUGUCAAUCAUAGCACAAAAUUUCAUUUUUCAAACAUUUGCAUUUGCAAAAAUCGUCA